AUGCUGGCAACCACCGUUAUUGACGACGCUUCCCCUUGGGGAACGGGGGAGGCGAACGUCUUCAGUUCCUGUGUAGUGGAGAACAUGGUCGCGCUCACGUUCGACGACGGGCCGUACAUCUACGAGCAGGAUAUCCUCAACACGCUCAACGCCGCCGGGAUCAAGGGCACGUUUUUCGUCAAUGGGAAUAACUGGGGGUGUAUCUAUGACCAGUGGCAGAGCUUGCAGGAUGCGUACUGGGGAGGACACCAGAUUGGGAGUCAUACGUGGGAUCACCCGGAUUUGACGACCUUGAGCUGGGACCAGAUCGACCAGGAGUUCAGUAGUGUUGAGCAAGCGAUCCAGAAGAUCGUUGGCGCCCAGCCGGCGUUUUUCCGUCCGCCCUAUGGCUCGUACAACGACGAAGUGUUGCAGAUCGCUGCCAACCACGGGAUGAAUGUUAUCCUCUGGGACCUCGACUCUGGCGAUAGCACGGGCGAGCCCGUAUGGUACUCUGAGCAACAGUACGACGCCGUCGCGGCCUCGCACCCAAACACCGUCCUCGCUCUCAACCACGAGACAUACGAUACGACCGCCUACCAAGUCCUGCCGUACGCGAUCCAGAAACUUAGGGAUGCGGGGUAUACGUUUGGCACGGUUGCGGAAUGUGUUGGUGGGUUGGAAGCGUACCAGUGGACGAGCCAGCCGGGGACUUGGGACGACUCGUGGCACUGCUAAAUGCGUCACAUGCGGAGUGCUAUUGAUGGACAUUGGCAUUUCUGGAUUGUUCAUACACUACUCAGGGUCGCAAUGAG